AUGCGGCUGAACUACAUCUUCGCCCUCCUUGGGCUAGCUGGUGCUACUAUUGCUGCUCCUGUAGCCGGCACUGAGACUGGUGUCGGCUCUGGCCUUGGCGGCGGCGGUGGCGGAGGUGCUGGCGGAGGCGGUGGUGUCGGUGGUGGUGAAGGUGGUGGUGCAGGUGGUGGUGCAGGCUUCGGCGCUGGCUUUGGCGCAGGUAUUGGCGGAGGAAUCGGAGGAGGCGCUGGCGGAGGUGCUGGCGGAGGCGGAGGUGCCGGUGGUGGUGAGGGUGGUGGUGAGGGUGGUGGUGAGGGUGGUGGUGAGGGUGGCUUCUGA